AUGGAACCUGUUAGAGAAGAGAUAAGCCUCGUAUCCGAGUUCUUGAAGGAUAGAGGAAUCUCUAAACCGCAUUUGGAUUCGUUCAAUCAAUUUGUGAACGUGGAUCUGAAGAAGAUUGUGGAGGAUAAUGGAUCUAUCAGGUUAUCUAAGGAUAACCGUUUCUUUUUGAGGAUUUUGAAUGCCCGGGUUGGUGCACCUACCCGCACUCCACUAGAAUGCAGAACAUGUGACCUAACGUACACAGCUCCAAUAUUUGCUGAUAUUGAAUACUCUCAAGGAAUUAAAAAUGAAAUAUUGACAUUAAAACAGAACCAAGUUGAAAUUGGAAGGAUGCCUAUUAUGGUGCGGAGUUGCUGUUGUGUCUUGUAUGAGAAACAAGAAGCUGAGCUUGCGAAACUUGGUUUUCUUAAUACAAGAGGAGCAUUUUGA